AUGAAAGUUGCACAGGUUGCACCAAUUUAUAAGAAGAAAAGCACACUUGACAAAGGUAAUUAUAGACCUGUCAGCCUUCUUCCAGUCAAAUCAAAGAUCUUUGAGAGAGCCAUCUAUACACAGUUGCUGGAGCAUUUUGAUGGUGUUUUCAACCAUAUGCUUAGGGCCUUCAUGCCAAAGUAUGGCUGUAAUACUACCCUGCGGAAAAUCUCAGAAGACUGGAAAAGAGCACCUGAGUCUAAUAUGUAUCUAGCAGCGGUACUGAUGGAUCUCUCAAAGGCCUUUGAUUGUUUACCGCAAAACCUCCUCCUGCUAAAGCUUCAACACUACAAUGUGUCAGAACAAUCAGUUUCACUCAUUAAGAGCUACCAGUCAUGUCCAACAGAAAACAGUGUGUUAAACUUGGCUCUUGUUACAGCUCCUUCAGGAAUGUGGUCAAGGGUGUUCCUCAGGGAUCCAUACUGGGUCCUAUUUUGUUUAACAUUUUCAUGA